ACAAAACCAAUUCGCAGAAUAUACUUUUGAAAUAUAAAUAUUUAAAAUAAUAAUGUACCUACAAUGUUAUUGCUCAUCGUACGAUUGUGAAAUGGGCUCUCAUUGUGUAACAACGUGUAGACUUUUAUUAAUGUUAUUAAUUUCGGAUACAGUGAUGUGUGAUAUUCAAGAGUUCUUAGCAAAUUUACCAUCAGAUAUAGGGAAUGCUGUAAGCAAUGCAUGGAAUAAUAUGAUAAAAGCAAUCAAACGACCAGUGAGAAUACGAAGAUUGGGACGAACUGGAAAAACCAAAACGAGUGCUAUUCCAGUAACAAAGCCUAUGGUUACAUUACUUCAAGAACAAGUGACUUCUACCAAUGUACCACUGAGUACAGUUAAACCAGCUAAGCUGGUUAUUCCAAUUCUGGCCACACCACAUUGGAAAUCAAUGGUGGAUUGGAGAAGACAACGUCUUGCAUCAAAUUGGAUAACUAGCAAAGCUACUUAUCACUACGUACAUGAACGUACACCAGAUUCGAGUAUAGCAUCUGAUGAGGAGGAACUCACGCAUUUUGGAAAUUUGUUCUUUAUAUAACGCAUUAUUAUUUCUAGGAUUAUGAUAAUUAUUUCUAUUAAAAUUUUAGGAUAACG